CAGGCGGGGGCCUCGUCCAUGUGGGCGUCAUGCUGCGGGCUGCUGAACGAGGUGAUGGGCACGGGUACUGUGCGGGCACAGCAGCCCGGUUUCGGGGCUGGAGCCACGCCUUUCCGCUUUGCCCCCGGCGCGGGGUACUCCACGUACCCGCCAGCCAGCUCGGGGAGCGCUGGGCAGCUGUGCAAGGCCUGCGGGCUGGCCUUCUCAGUCUUCAGACGCAAGCAUGUGUGCUGCGACUGCAAGAAGAGCUUCUGCGCGCUGUGCUCGGUGCUGCAGGAGAACUUGCGCUGCUGCGCCACCUGCCACCUGUUACGGGGCACCGCCUUCCAGAGGCCACGCCUCAUGCAGCUUCGCGUCAAGGACCUGCGGCAGUACCUGCUGCUCCGCAACAUCCCCACCGACACCUGCAGGGAGAAGGAGGACCUGGUGGACCUGGUGCUGUGCCACCGGGGUACCAGAGAGGCCCCGCGACCUGUCAUGGUGGUGCAGGAGGAGGAGGAGGAAGAAGAGGAAGAGGAGGGGGAUGGAGACACGCCCGAGGAACACGAGGAGGAAGAUGACCAAGAUGAUUCAGACGGUCUCCACUCACUGGCCGCCUCGCCGUCCUCCCCCGCCGGCUCGGCUUCGGAACAUUCGCUCGGGUCCGCCUCUCAGGGAGUUGUGCUCAGCCCCAGUGACAGCUCAGGGACUCCUAGCCAGGAGCAAGAUGACACGCCCACAGUGUCGCUGGUUAAUCUGGAGCAGACGGAAAAUGCGGUGGAGGCCAGUCCGGCGGCAACGGGGAGGAGAGUCCGCGCGUCGCUGUCCGACUUGGACGACGAAGACGCCAUCGAGAGGUUGUCGGUGCGCCAGCUGAAGGAAAUCCUGGCCAGGAAUUUCGUCAACUACUCGGGCUGCUGCGAGAAGUGGGAGCUGCUGGAACGCGUGCAUCGCCUUUACAGAGAAAACCAGAACAACAGAAAGUCCAUGGAAAACGUGAACAUUACAGCAGACGGCGUGAAAGCCCAACUGGCCUCCGACGACAAUUUGUGUCGCAUCUGCAUGGACGCCAUCAUCGACUGUGUGCUGCUAGAGUGCGGACACAUGGUGACGUGCACUAAAUGCGGCAAGAGGAUGAACGAGUGCCCCAUCUGUCGGCAGUACGUGGUACGCGCCGUGCACGUCUUCAAGUCAUAG